CUUGGAAAUAAGAUGGGAUUAGUUAUUUAUUUACUUUCCUUUUUACCUAAACGUAAUAUCUACUUUGCACGAUUCAGUAUCAUAAUAAAUUAGACUAAGCAUCAAGAUCAAAAGAUUCGAAUAUACACUUCACUACUUUAUUACAUCUGUCUUUCUUUAUUUUUUUUUAAUAGGAAACACAUAUUGAAUCAAAUCUUUGUCUCUCUCUGUCCGCAGAGAAUUUAUCGGGACAUGAAUCUUCUUUGACCAUCCCUUCACCUUCACUUUCCAUCAUUUCUCGGAAGAUAAAAAAGAAAUUUCAAGAGAGAGAGAGAGAAUAAUACUUUUAUCAUUACCUAACACAAGAAAAAAAAAACGAAACAAAACUCUCUGUGUAUUGGCGAGAUGGGAAACUGUGCCAUCAAGCCAAAGGUUCUCAAAGAUACCGACGAGGAUCUCGUUCCAGUUGAGCGAGACACGACGGUUCAUAACAAGGUUUCCGCGGAAAAGAAUGCUCCUAACGCGGCGGAUGAAAGAGCGGCUGCGGCACGACGGAGCGAGAAAGGAAAAGAGAUUUUGAUUGAAGAUGAUGCGGAGGAGGAUGAUCAACACAGCAAACGCCAAUCUCUCAGUCUCUUGUUUCAUGAGGACAGGGCAAUAGUAAAAGAACUAACAGGUCAUUCUCCGGCAAAACCAGUGAUUAACAACAACAACAAAAGUGAUGUUUCUUCAGAGGUUUCAAAGCCUGACGAUGUUUCUUCAGAGGUUUCAAAGCCUGACGAUGUUUCUGCUCCGGUAACUUCUAAUGUAAAAGAUCCAGAAACCUUUGAUGUCCAGACUCGAGAUGACCUCCACGUCAAGAUUCCAAAAGAAACCAAGGUCAAAACUCCUGAAACGCCUAAAGCCAAAGAAGCUAAAGAGAAAGAAGUUAAUUAUUCAGAGAACUGGGAGGUUAAGUUUCCAGAGGAAUCAGAAGAUACGAAACCAUGUGAAGUUGUCAAGGUUGCAGAAGAGUCGAAACCUCCACAAGAUUCUAAAGUUUCUGCUCCUGAUUUGGCUGAAGUGAAGGUUCCAAAAGGGCCAGAUGUUCGUGAAGUAAUGGAGGAUAAGAAUGUUUCUAAAGAUAAUAAGGUUCAUGCUCCUCCUAAAAUGUCUGAAGUGAAGAUUACAAAAGAGGCAGAUGUUCAUGAGGUCUUGGAGGAUAAGAAUGUUCCAAAAGUUUCUUCUCUUCCUGAAUCAUCUGCAGUUAAGGUUGUAAAAGAGUCAGAUGUUCCUGAAACCUUGGAAGGUAAGAAUGUUCAAGAGGUUUCUAAAGGCAAGACUGAUGAAGUUAAAGCAGCAGAGUCAGAACUUCUAAAAGUGGCAGAGGUCAAAUCUUCUGAAGAUUUAGAGAUUAAAGUUCCAAAAGUUUUUGAAGUGAAGGCUCCUGAAACAUUAUCAAACGUUAACGUUGGAUCAGAAGUGAAGACUCCUGAAACAUGGAACGUCAAGGUUGGAUUUGAAGCUAAGACUGAUCAAGAAGCAUCUGAAGUAAAGAAUAAAAAAGAAAUAGAGGUUCUAGACGCUCAAGAGAAGAUUGAUAGAUCUGAAGCACAGAUUCUUGAGGACAUUAAAGUCUCAGAAGAGAAUGUAGCAGUGACGGCUAAGGCAGAGGAAGGAGAAAAAAAUUUGUCUUUUGAGAAGAAAGUCAAAGGGGUUACAAUGUCUGAUUUAGAUAACAAAUGAGUUACAAGAGAGUCAGAGAAACUAUGUAAUAGCAUGUUUUUAUUUUGAAUUAUGGGGAUUAGUUUUCUAUUUGCAUCUGCCCCAAGUUGUACACUUUU